AUGUGUAGCCAAACGAAUAGAAAAGAGGGUCGUAAGAAGAAUAAAACCGUGAAGGAAGACGAUUCCGAAGAAACCCUACAGCUCAUGCUCCAAUGGAAAGCCAAUACGCCGGAAAAACCUCCGAGAUCGAUAUUUUUCCCUGAUCCAGAUGUGGCUCCUGUUAGGGAAGAAGCCGGGGAAAACCAUGAUGUUUUGGGAAAAACAGAUAAACUUGGGAUUGAUGGGCGUGAUGUUGUAGUGUAUGGACCUGACGUCAAGACUCAUGGUACACAUGAUAUGGUGUUCAAGAUGUGGGGUAACCGUCAGGACACACCUGUUUUGAAGAGUGCGGGAUGGAGGGAGUUCGUGGAGGCAUAUGAUCUCAAGAUGCAUUGCGAUUUUCUCACUAUUUGGAUGUUUAGACACAAAAAGACUCGUCGGAUUUGCUUUGCUAUUAAUAGGCAUAAGUAUCCUGUAGAUGGUAAGCUGAGUAAAAGAAUAUCCAAAGCUACCUCGAAUUCAUAG